AUGGCACCGACACCAGCUAACAACAUCGCCUACACUGCGCUCAUCAACCCGCCCUCGGCCACUCCCGCGAUCACCAUUGAACAAAUCUGGAAAGGGCUCGAGAAGAAAAUCACCGCUGGCCAGGAUUUUGUCGGCGGCGCCCUCAUCUCCACCGACGUCAUCUCCACCUCCACCGACGAACAAGGUCGUCCCGUCACAGUCCGCGAGGUCGUCUUUCGCGAUGGAAACCGACGUGUUCGCGAGACGUGUAUCGCGUUCGAACCCAUGAAAGUCGAGUUUCAUCAAGAAGACGGGAGCAAGGUGCAGAAUGUCAUCAGCCAUGGCAGCGAGGGCGAAUUGUUCAUGACAUAUACCUUUGAGUGGUUACACCCUGAGUGUGCGGGCGACGUGGCGGCUUUGGAAGCCAAAAAGGAGAAGGAGUGGAAGAUUGCGAAGAUGGCUGUGGACAAGACGAUACAGGUAAUGCGAGAGAUGGUUGUAGAUGGGAGAAUAAAAUAA